AUGCUGACACCCAAAUACUUCAAUACCAACCAUAUACCUCAUGUUAAAAGACUUUCACCGAGAAUGGAGCGGAUCAUUUACAAUCGUGCCCUGGAAGCACCCCUGCAAAUGGCUGUCACGGAUGGCGCGGCCCAUCUGACCUACGCAGGACUGCUCACCGAAUCCAUCGACCUAGCACACAAGCUCCGAUCCAGAAGUGUGUCUGCAGCAGAGCCCGUGGGUAUUCUGCUUGGCCCGGGCGUUCGGCAGAUUACCGCUCAGCUAGCCGUUCUUUUCGUGGGUGGCACAUGCGUGCCUAUCGAGCCGACCAUUCCAGAACUUCGCCUGCAGGGUUUACUGGAAGAGAUCCACGCAAAGUAUAUCAUCACCGGGCAAGAGGAUCCGACCGACCUGCCAGGAUUUGAAAGUUUUGGCAUUGGCUACCCACAGGAACCGCAAAGCAACGGAGUGCCCAAUUGGGAGUUUGGUACGACAGCAACCCGGAGCCAUAUUCUCUUUACCUCUGGCUCCACUGGAAGACCAAAGCCUGUCCAGAUUCGAACCGACAGCAUCGUGCACCUGGCGACGCAAACUCCCCUUACCCCGCUCACUCGGGGAGAUCGAGUUGCCCAGUUCAACAACCCAGGGUUCGACCUGAGUCUGUUUGAGAUUUGGGCGACACUGCUCUCGGGGGCCACCAUUGUCACCGUUCCUCGGCAGGUCGCCGUGGACCCUAGCUGUUUGUUUUCGUUUCUUAAGGAAAACGAGGUUACUGUGAUCAUUAUGACGGCUGCAUUGUGCGAGAUCAUUGCUUUCGCCUCGCCUGAGACAUUCAAAACCCUGCGCCAUGUCAUCACGGCCGGUGAUGUUGCCAAUGUGCAAGCCAUGAGAAGGAUCCUUGAUAACGGUCCCCCGAAUCAUCUGUGGAACGUAUACGGUCCAACCGAGUGCACCACCUUUGUGACCGCGAUGGAAGUCUUACCUGAAGAGGCACAGCGGGAUCGUAUUAGCAUUGGACGUCCCGUGGGCGAAUCGAGGAUCUACCUGCUGGACGAGAAUCAGGUUCCUAUUCAGCAGAGCGGUCAGCGCGGAGAGAUCUACAUCGCGGGACCAGGGCUGGCUAUGGGCUAUCUGGACCGAUCAUCCGAGAACAAGAAAUGUUUCAUCCAGAUACCCAGAGAGGGACCGCGUGCCAGUCAGGACGAGAUCGUACGUCUGUAUCGAACGGGCGAUCUGGCCGAGUGGCGGCACAACAGCGAUUGCCUGGACUUCUUUGGCCGAGCAGACGACCAGGUCAAGCACCAGGGUUUUCGCGUGGAGCUAGGUGAGAUCGAUCGCGUUUUACGAUCUCAUGUGGCGGUCCAGGCCGCGGUGGUGGCCCAGCAGCCGCCGUCUGCGAACAGAAUGGACUCGUUGGUGGCGUUUGUCAUUGUCGGCCAGGCAGAAGAGGUGAAUGCAGAGAGUCUGGUUGAAUUCGCACGACAGCAUCUGCCGUCGUACAUGGUGCCGGAUACGGUGGAGAUGGUGAACGAGUUCCCUCUGACGGCUCACGGUAAGGUCGAUCGUCAGGAGUUAUUACAGCAGUGGACCACUUCUAGCCAGGAGCCCGAAGAAAGUGCCAGUGAGGCCGGUGAGAAGAAAGAUGUUCUCCGCACUCUUUGGAGCGAUCUUCUCCACGUCCCACGAAUCAAUGAUGACGACGACUUCUUUAGACUGGGGGCCAACUCCCUUCAGGCGGCCUCGCUCUUGGCAAUGGUCCAGGAACGCAUGAGCCGGACAAUUACCAUGGAGGAACUGUACCGGCAUUCCCAGUUCUCUGAUCUGCAAGCCCUUCUGGAACCCGAAGAGCCCGUCUUUCGUGACAACGCUCCUGAUGACACGCGAGCAUGGAUGAAAGACGUAGAUCUAGUGGACAGGAUUGAAAUGGUGCCGGAAUGGGAAGCUCCUGGCGAAGGUCGAGUGUUCGUCACCGGUGUGACAGGUUUCGUGGGCCCUCAUCUUCUCCACAGCCUGAUGCACCGGCCUGGUGUCAAACAGAUUGCCUGUCUCGUGCGGCCGAGAGGGAACGAAGCUGCUGCGGGACGGGUGAAAUCCGCCAUGCAGCGAUACGAUCUGUGGAAGGAGUGCAAAGCGCACAAGUCCAAGCUGCUGAUCUUUGAGGGCAACCUCUCCGAAGACCACCUCGGCUUGGACCUGGAGCUUUUCACCUGGCUCUCCAACUGGGCUUCGGUCGUGUUUCAUCUCGGGGCGAAGAUCAACUACUGCGAGUCCUACCGCGAGCACCGCGAUGCCAACGUCCUCGGGACCCGGAAUGCAUUGCAACUCGCCGCAAGAGGUCGCCACAAGUCCUUCCAUUACCUUUCUAGCAUCGACACCUGGGGUCCGACAGGCUUCAUCCUCGGCACGCAAGAACUGCAUGAAGAUGAGCCCCUGCAACCUCAUAUACAAGGCCUGCGCUACGAUAUCGGGUACGCGCAAAGCCAAUGGACCGCCGAAGCGAUGGUACGACGGAUGCGUGACCGGGGCCUGCCCACAGCCAUAUACCGCCCGGGAUUCACCAUCGGACACAGCCAGACAGGGGCCAGCAAUCCGGACGACUUUGUCACGCGGCUUAUCGUGGGAAGCAUUCAGCUGGGUCUCUUCCCUCGCCUUGAUCAGCGACUUGAAUACGUCCCUGUUGACUACGUUAUCUCCGCAAUGCUGCACAUCGCCUCGUCCAACGCCAACCUGAAUCACUCAUACAGUCUCGUCGCGCCGGACCGGAACGACUCGGUCACCGUCACCGACACAGCCCGCGUGCUCAAUGAAGCCGGAUUUCCUGUCACGGUCGUCGACUAUCCAGAGUGGGUGGCCCAUGCGGCGAGACGGCAACGGCCGGAUGGACCACUAGCGCCGCUGCUCCCGAUGCUUCAGGAACGUGUUUUGGGACAGCUGACACGCUGGGAGGCGAGUCAGUACUCCCCGGUAUAUCGGUGUGAUAAGGCUGUUCAGGCGUUGAGAGGGAGUGGGAUUACGUAUAGAGGGCUUGAUGCGGAAAUGUUGAGGGGGUUUGUGGCGUUUUGGAAAAGGAAGGGUUUUUAUGAUUUGCGUGCCGUGGGAGUAGUAUAUUCUCAGUUUCAUUGGUCGGUGGAUUGGAAUUGUGACAUUCUUUCACAUGGCCAAUCAUCUGUCAACCACACCCCUUGA